AUGGGUGAGCCGGUGAAGGCUGAUCACGAAGAGACCCCUCCCAGGGACAAAUGGAGCUCUUGGGUCGACUUCAUCAUGUCCUGCGUCGGAUAUGCCAUCGGACUUGGCAAUGUAAGCCCGUAUACUGUUUUCUUGACCUUUUUGCAGCCUUUAAAACAGAGCUGAAUAGCUGAAAUUAGAUAAUUUAAAAAAAGAUGACUUAAAUAUCAUGUACAAUAUAAUUUGCUCUCCAGGUCUGGCGUUUCCCCUACCUGUGCGGUAUGAAUGGCGGCGGUGCCUUCCUGAUCCCCUAUAUCAUUUCCCUGUUGCUUUGCGGUGCGCCAAUGUUCAUCUUGGAGACCACUUGGGGCCAACUUGUCUCGGUGGGGGGUCUGGGGAUGUUCAAGAUCUGCCCCAUCUUUAAAGGCGUUGGAAUUGCCGCUGCAGUCAUGGCAUUCUGGCUAAACAUCUACUACAUCGUGGUGCUCAGCUGGGCCUUGGCGUAUUGGAUAUUUUCGAUCCGCAUGGACGACAAUGUUCCGUGGAGGAAUUGCGAUAAUGAGUGGGGUUUCCAAUUCUUUUGCUGAUUUUUUAUCAACUCUUUGUUCAGAUGGAACACAGUUCAUUGUCGAUCCGACUAUGACCCGGUAAAAUGCGAUUCAAAUCGGACAAUCCGAGACUAUUUUAAUGUCAAAGUGCUGACAGUGGACCACUUGAAUGAGUACAAGAAACAGUUCUUUGUUGGGCCGAAAGUGAAUUACACGUUUUGCUCGGCCGCCGACUUGGCUGUUCAGUCGCCAGUCCGCGAGUUUUGGGAGUAAGUGUCGCUGCUGAAACAUAUCGCAAAAGCAAUAUAUUACAAUUUGUUAAACUCAUUUUACUCUGAAAUUUUCAGCCGUCGAAUUCUCGGAGUUUCCUCCGGCAUCGAAGAAGUCGGCGCCCUUCGAACCGACCUCGCCUUGUAUCUGCUGAUCGUGUGGAUCGUCUGCUACCUCUGCAUCUUCAAGGGAGUCAAGUGGACUGGAAAAGUGGUCUACUUCACUGCCUCCUUCCCUUACGUAAUGCUCUUCUUCCUGCUGAUCAGGGGCCUCACUUUGCCUGGCGCUUCGACUGGCCUGGAGUUUUAUUUGAAACCGAAUUUCUCCAAACUUCUGGAGAGUCGGGUCUGGUUCGAUGCGCUGACUCAGGUGAGAAAUAGAUUUCAGAACGAUGCACGUCAAACUGAGGAAUCCGGUGACCGGAAAUACACUCUUCGCUAUUGUUUUUUACACCUUGUUUUGAUUGCACAGAGAAGACAGAGAAAAGACGCGCAAAACGUACUCUCUCGCCCCAAAAAUACCCCAUUUCUAGCCCGAAAAAAGAUAUCUUUCGACGAAUUGCCAUUCUAUAUACAGGGUGACCCAAAAUAACGGAGACAAAUUUUGGAAGGGUCCCACCGCGAAACCCGGGCGUUAUAGAAACACAAGCGACAGUGGGUAAUAUUCUAUAAGACUUUCUCUAUAAUCCACGAAAAUUUGGCGGAGUCAUCAUGUCGCAGUAAAAAGUUACAGCUAAACAAAAAUGCCUUGCGCCGUUUUUUUGGCCCUCAAUUUUGGUUCCUUUGUGUUGUGUAGAGCAUGGCUGUACUACAGCCGCAGAAAUGGCAAGUUCAUUUGUUUAGCUAGACUACUACGUCUCUAAACAAGCAGUUAUGUAGGUUUCUGGGCUACGGUUUUUAUUUCUACGGUAGUACCAAUCUCAACAUUGAAGAUCGCCAUUUUUUCCAUAUUUUUUCGAUAAAAAAUUCAGUUUUUUUGGAAUAAAGCUAAAACCGCUAGAACGUAUUCAAUUCAUAAAUACAAUAAUUCCGGAUAUAUUGAUGUGGUUCAAGGCACAAGAGCGUCGUACAACAAAACUUCCGGUAUAUAAAACUACACUAACGUGGUACUGUAGUAUAAAUAAGGAAUCACUCAUGAAUCUUCAUAAGUCGCAGAAAAAACGGGAAAUCUUUUGUCUCCGUUAUUUUGGGUCACCCUGUAUUCAUUGGACUAUUUUACCUUAAUGCAUAAUCCAAAGUAAAUCAUAGAACUUUUUGCGGCGGCGUAUUUUAAAAUGAUCUUUGUCGAUCAACACAAGAUGUAUAAUACAUACUAUUUCACAUAUUAUUUUAGGUAUUCUUCUCCUACGGCCUGGGUCUCGGUGCCUUGGUUGCGUUGGGAAGUUACAACAGCUACAACAACAAUGUCUAUCGACAAGCCCUAACGGUUUGUUGCGUGAACUCCGGGACUUCGAUGUUCGCCGGAAUCGUCAUCUUCUCCUUUAUCGGGUUUAUGGCCAAUCAAAUGGGAAAAACGGUACAGGAAGUGGCGCAGUCCGGCCCAGGUCUCUUAUUUUUGGCCUAUCCCUCGGGAAUCCUACAGUUACCGUACACUCAAGUUUGGUCGUUGUUGUUCUUCUCGAUGGUGUUGUUCUUGGGAGUGGACUCACAGGUAAGCUUGUUGACAGUUCUAGGGAAUAUUUCCGAUAUUUCCGUUAAAGCCGUCUUUAAGCUACUGGCAAAUUUUUUUUACUUAUUAACGUUUUCGUAAAGUGCGUAGACUUUUCGCCGUGAGGCAAAAUGAAAGUUUUUUUUCUCCUCGAUACGUUGGAAAUACAUGGCUUACUGUUAAAUUAACCAUUCUGCCAUUUAAUUAAACGGUUCUUAUAGUUCUGCACAAUGGAAGGCUUUUUCACCGCCAUUAUCGACGAAUUCCCCCAACUUAUUAGGGGACGGCGCUAUGGCCGAGAGCUGUUUGUGCUGGCAAUAUGCGCCAUCUCCUAUAUUGCUGGUCUGGCUACAGUUACUAAUGUAAGAAUUCGUUUUACUGUUGUUCAUCAUCGCAAUUUCAAAAAUAGUUUCAUUUUUGAACAAUUUUUUUCAGGGAGGAUUCUACGUCUUCCAAAUCUUCGACUUCUACGCCGCCUCCGGAUGGGCCUUGAUUUGGCUGCUCUUCUUCGAAUGCAUCACAAUUUCUUGGUGUGUGGGCAUCAACACUUGGUACGACCAUAUCAAAUCGAUGAUUGGUUAUUAUCCCUCGGCGUGGUGGAAGUUCUGCUGGGUGUUCGCUACGCCUUGCGUUUGUAUCGUAAGUUUUGGGGGCGAAUAGGCGAAGUCCUUUACAAAAGACAGCAAAACGUCUGUGAAAUUUCGUCUUCCAAGCCCUAAAAGUGAGAUUCAAACGUUGUUGUUUUGGUUUUUACCUCAUAACAUUUAAAUUUUCAGCUGACCUUCCUCUUUGGUCUUUUCCAAUAUAAGCCGGUCAGAUUGCCCACCUACGACUACGACUUCCCGCUUUGGGCCCACAUCUUUGGUUGGUUCUUGUCCCUCUCUUCGAUGCUCUGCAUCCCAAUCUACGCCAUCUACAUCUGGUGUGUCACGGAGGGAAGUACCUCGGAGGUAAGUCGAUCCGUUCGCUAAGAUACGAAACUUUUUCUCCCAAAAACUGAAAAAAUGCUCUUCAGAAGUUCGAAAAGCUUUGUCGCCCGAAAUUGGACUUCUCCCCCGCUUCCAAGAUCUCCGAGGACAAUGGAGAUGGCCAUGUAUUAUAUGAAUUCGCGUAA